AUGCGCCGCGCUCUCUUCCACGCCCCGCGGCUGCUGCCUUUGCAGUCCCGCUUCUUGCACCGUGCCAGCGACGAGCCCACCAUCUUCGCCCUGUCCACGGCUGCAGGGAGAGCUGCCAUAGCCGUCAUUCGAAUUUCCGGUCCCGCCUGCGUUGGGAUAUAUCGUGCCCUGUGCCCCACUAAACCUUUGCCCAAGCCUCGCAACGCUGCCCUGCGCACCCUGUACUCUCCAGGCCAGUCCCAGUCACCAGACUCUGUCCUGGACUCCGCUUUGGUUCUUUUCUUCCCUUCCCCCAAAACCGUCACCGGCGAGGAUCUGUUGGAGUUGCACGUGCACGGCGGCCCUGCCAUCGUCAAAGCUGUUCUUGCGGCUGUGUCGCGAUGCUCGACGGCAACCCACCCUGUCCGGUAUGCCGAGCAGGGAGAGUUCACUCGGAGGGCGUUUAUGAAUGAUAGGCUUGAUCUGACUCAAGUUGAAGCCCUCGGCGAUUCUCUCACGGCUACGACUGAACAGCAACGGCGACUGUCGGUCAGAGGGACAAACAGUGGCCUCUCGAAGAGAUAUGAGAGUUGGUGUCAGCAAUUGUUGUAUGCCCGAGGCGAGCUUGAGGCUCUUAUAGACUUCUCCGAGGACCAACAUUUUGAUGAAUCGCCAGCUAUGCUAGCUUCUUCGGUUGCCGAACAGGUCAGACGCUUGAAGCAGCAGGUUGAAGCUCAUGCAACGAAUGCCGUACGCGGAGAGCUACUCCGUAAUGGGAUCAGCAUCGCACUCCUUGGUGAACCCAAUGCAGGAAAGAGCUCGCUUUUGAAUCGGGUCGUCGGAAGGGAGGCAGCAAUCGUGAGUCAAGUGGCUGGUACUACACGAGAUGUAGUGGAGACCGGCAUCGACUUGAGUGGGUGGUAUUGUCGCCUCGGUGACACGGCUGGCUUAAGAAAGAGCUCGGAAAAAGACUCAGCAACGUCAGAUCCAAACAUUGUUGGCCUGGUCGAACAAGAAGGCAUUCGGCGGGCCAAGGAGCGGGCCAUGAAUGCCGAUGUGGUUGUUGUCGUUUUUUGCAUCGAGCCCGCAGACAACGGCGGCACCCCCACAUUUUCUAUGAGUUCUGAGGUUGUGGAGACAGCCAAAGAGGUAAUUUUGCUGGGCGGCCAUGUCAUAGCCGUUGUUAAUAAGGCGGACGUUAUUCCUGUUGAAGAUUCCGACCGGCUUCAAGAAGAAUGGUUUGCCGCUGUGCAGAAGGAGCUCGAGAUUUCGCCCAAACGUAUACAUUUCAUCUCCUGCAAAGAUGUUGAUUCUGAACGGACAAACCCCGAUCCUGGCAACAUCCAGGCCUUCCUUGGGCGCCUGACCGAAGUCUUUGAGGAGAUGACCGUGCCAUUUGUGCCGGACAUUGACAAUACGGAACCAGAUUUAUCCAUGUGGCAGGAAUCACUUGGCGCAACGGAACGCCAGAGAGCUCUCCUAGAAGAUUGUUCCAUGCAUCUUGGCGGUUUUCUUGCAGAGGUGGACAAUGCCUCCAAGGAUGUGGAAGGCGAGCUUGAUGUGGUUCUUGCGGCGGAGAGCUUGCGCGCCGCCGCCAAUUGUCUGGCUAAAAUCACCGGCAGGGGGGAAGCAGGUGAUGUCGAAGAAGUUCUGGGUGUAGUUUUCGAGAAAUGCAUCAUGGAUGACUGA